CUCUUCCCUCGUAUCUACCACUCAAGACUCCCGCAAGUAUGGGCUCCAACAAACCUCGUGGAUUGCAGGCCGCGCGCAAGCUGCGCACCGAUCGCCGCGAAAAUCGCUGGGCGGACAAGGCGUACAAGAAGCGCGCCCUCGGUAACAUCUACAAGACCUCCCCCACCGGAGGCUCUUCCCACGCAAAGGGCAUCGUCCUGGAGAAGGUCGGUGUUGAGGCCAAGCAGCCCAACUCCGCCAUCCGCAAGUGUGUCCGUGUGCAACUCAUCAAGAACGGCAAGAAGGUCACCGCGUUCGUGCCGAACGAUGGUUGCCUCAACUUCGUCGACGAGAACGACGAGGUUCUGAUCUCCGGCUUCGGUCGCCGGGGUAAGGCCAAGGGUGAUAUUCCCGGUGUCCGCUUCAAGGUCGUCAAGGUCUCUGGUGUAGGUCUCUUGGCACUCUGGAAGGAGAAGAAGGAGAAGCCCAGGUCAUAAGCGUGUCGCAUAUAUCUUGUUGUCCUCAUUCGUUCACCUCGCUUUCUCGAGCCGUCUGGGCGCAUCAUGUUUGUACCAAUUAUCAUCACAUAUGAUUACGAAUGAGCCAUAUGCAUUAUGCCACGCACCUCC